AACCUGUCCUUCCUGGACCUCUGCUACUCCUCUGUCAUCGCCCCCAAUGCCCUGGCCAACUUCCUCUCCCCCAAGGCCAUCAGCUUUGGGGGAUGUGCUGCCCAGCUGUUCUUCUUCUCCUUUCUUGGGACCACUGAGGCUAUACUUCUGGCUGUGAUGGCCUAUGACCGCUUCAUGGCCAUCUGCAGCCCCCUGCAGUACCCUGUGACAAUGUGCACUGCUACGUGUGUCCGCCUGGUGCUCGGAGCCUACUGUGGAGGCUGCCUCAACUCCAUCAUAGAGACCAGCCUCACCUUCCAGCUGCCCUUCUGCAGCUCCAACCGCAUCGACCACUUCUUCUGUGACGUGCCCCCCCUGCUCCGGCUGGCCUGUGCCAACACGGCUCUCAACGAGCUGGUCAUGUUCGGCAUCUGUGGUUUCAUCCUUGUGGGYRCSAYWCUMGKGRUCYUGGUCUCCUAUGGCUACAUCGCAGUGACCAUCCUCAGGAUGCGCUCAGGAUCUGGGCGGCACAAGCUCUUCUCCACCUGUGGCUCCCACCUGACAGCCGUGUCUCUGUUCUAUGGAACUGUGUUUGUGAUGUACGCCCAGCCAGGAGCCGUGGGGUUCAUGGAGCAGGGCAAGGUGUUCUCCGUCUUCUACACCCUGGUCAUCCCAGUGCUCAACCCCCUCAUCUACAGCCUGCGGAACAAGGACGUGAAGGACGCCCUGCGGAGGCUGGGAGAGAGGCCCACAGCCUUGUGCAGUAGGGAGGCUGGUGAGAGGCAGUGUCCAUGA